GUGGUUUUCUGUGUUUUUGCCAUUUGUUCUUUUCAUUUUGCUUGAAAUCUUUCUUGUCUCUUAAAAGGUUUGCUUUAGAUAUACAUUUGAUGUACUUAGUUGCACAGAAAUAGUCUUGUUAUAAAUAAUGUUAAUAUAAUUUCCUGGAUAUAUAUUCUUGGAUAAUCAUUCUCAAACUGAUUAGUUCAAACUGCAAUCAAGUAUUUAAUAACAUGCACACCCUGCACAAAAAAACAAAAACAAAAAAAAAACUUGCCAGACACUUGCGUUUAAACUUGCAUUUAAAAUAUACAGUAUGUUUAAUAAAUACUUAUAUAAUACAUGUUUGACAGGUUUGUAUUGUGAAAAGAGGGCGAGGAGCACAAAAUUACAAUGAAAAAAUUAAUUAGUGUGACAUGAGACUAUUUAGAUAAGUGACAGAAAGAGACUGUAGAAGUGAAUAUAAAAAGGGAUUGUGAGUGGCAAAGAAGACCAAAUCCACCAUCAACAUUCAUUCUGCAAGCUACAGUAAGAGACAGUUUGUGUGAAGAUGUGGAGGUUAGCGUGUUUCACUUUGGUCCUGCUUCAGUGUGUUACAGGUUCACUUUCUCAGUUGAAUGUUUGUGGUCAAGCCCCUCUAAACUCCCGUAUAGUGGGUGGUGUAGAUGCCCCUGAGGGGGCAUGGCCAUGGCAGGUCAGUUUGCAUAGCUCCACCUAUGGAGGUCAUUUUUGCGGAGGAUCCCUUAUCAACAGUGAAUGGGUGCUGACGGCAGCUCACUGUUUUCAUAGUGUCAGCAUGUCUACUGUACAAGUGUACUUGGGAAAGAGGACACUGCAGGGAGUUAAUACCUAUGAAAUCAUCAGAAAUGUCACCCAGGUCAUCGUUCACCCCUUCUACGGCAGCAACACCAACGACAAUGACAUCGCUCUGCUGCACCUAUCCUCCCCAGUCACCUUUAAUGACUACAUUAGACCCGUGUGUCUGGCAGCCCAGAACAGCAGCUUCCCUUCUGGCACCAACAGCUGGAUCACAGGCUGGGGAGAUGUUGCAUCUGGAGUGAGCUUAUCUGCUCCUGGGACUCUGCAGGAGACUAUGGUUCCAGUAGUGGAUAAUUCUCAGUGUAAUAAUCUUCUGGGUGUUGGAUCUGUCACCAACAACAUGAUAUGUGCUGGUUUACUGCAGGGAGGCAAAGACACCUGUCAGGGGGACUCUGGAGGGCCAAUGGUGAGCCAGCAUUGUUCAGUGUGGGUUCAGUCUGGUAUCACCAGCUGGGGUUAUGGCUGUGCUGACCCCAACACACCUGGUGUGUACACCCGCGUUUCACAGUAUCAGGACUGGAUCAUGAGCACUGUUGGCCAGAACUUUCCAGGAUUAGUCAACUUCGACCCUACAAGCUCAUGCCAACCUACUCCUAAUACCUCACCUGCUUCGACUACCUUACCACCUCCACCCUUUCAAUUUUCAUUCUCCUGUCGUGGAAGAUGUGGUCAGAAGUCUGACAGCCGCAACCUGUGCAACUGCAAUACUCGCUGCCACGUAAACUGCUGCAGAGAUUAUAAAAAGCGAUGCGUCAAAGGAGACCAGUAUAUAAGGGAUUGUGAGAGUUACAGAGGACCAAAUUACCAUCAUCAUCCAUUCUGCUUCAAAAGAAAGAGUGAAAUGAAAAUGUGGAGUUUGACAUGUGUGACUUUGGCCCUGCUCAUAUGCAUCAAAGGUUCACUUUCUCAGUUGAAUGUUUGUGGGCGUGCCCCUUUAAACACCCGAAUUGUGGGUGGUGUGAAUGCCCCUGAUGGGUCGUGGCCAUGGCAGGUCAGUUUGCAUAGCUCCACCUAUGGAGGUCAUUUUUGCGGAGGAUCCCUCAUCAGCAGUGAAUGGGUGAUGACGGCAGCUCACUGUAUGCCUGGUAUCAGCGUAUCCACUCUACGUGUGUACUUAGGAAGGAGGACACAGCAGGGAGUUAAUAAAAAUGAAAUCUCAAGAAGUGUCAAAACAAUCAUCAAACACCCCUCUUACAACAGCAACACCAACAACAAUGACAUCACUCUGCUUCGCCUAUCCUCCCCAGUUACCUUUACUGACUAUAUUAGACCUGUGUGUCUGGCAGCCCAGAACAGUGUCUUUGCUCCUGGCACCAACAGCUGGAUCACAGGCUGGGGAGAUGUUGCAUCUGGAGUGAGCUUAUCUGCUCCUGGGACUCUGCAGGAGACUAUGGUUCCAGUAGUGGGUAAUUCUCAAUGUAAUAAUCUUCUUGGUGCUGGAUCUGUCACCAACAACAUGAUAUGUGCUGGUUUACUGCAGGGAGGCAAAGACACCUGUCAGGGGGACUCUGGAGGGCCAAUGGUGAGCCAGCAGUGUUCAGUGUGGGUUCAGUCUGGUAUCACCAGCUGGGGCUAUGGCUGUGCUGAUCCCAACAGCCCUGGUGUGUACACCCGCGUGUCUCAAUAUGAAAGCUGGAUCAGGAACACCAUUGGUCAGAACCUGCCGGGUUUUGUCACCUUCAGCCCCCCAAAAUCAUGCUCUUCUGCAAGCCAAACUUCAUCCUCCUGUCGUGGGAGAUGCAAUGAGAAGUACAGCAUCCUCAAUCGUUGCAACUGCAAUACUAGCUGCCACAUAAACUGCUGCAAAGAUUAUGCACAGCGAUGCACCAUGUGAGAACACCUUGCCACUUACACACUCCAGUCAAAUGACGAGGAAAUUCUACUUCUGGUCAACGUUGCUUUGGAAGCUCUGCAAUUAUAACUAGUACCAAUGCAAACAGCCUGCCACAGAACUGCUAACUUCACUCAGGGUUGUGUGAAUGUGAAUACAAAUUGUUUUCCGUUCAACAACAACACUUACCUCAGUUUUUGUAUGUAGUUUUUUUUCUCUCUCUUUUUCUUUAAUAAGAUUUAUUGUGAGCAUUGGCAAAGAUUUGCAAAUAUUAAGCACAAUUCUUACUGUCUCUAAAUCAGCAUAAAAUUACUUGAAAUUUAAAUGUAAAAUUAAUUUCUUAAUAUGUGAUCAGUUUGUAAACUCUCAUGACAAACAAGUGAGGCUAUUUGUUUAAGUUAUAAUUCAGUUUUGUCAUUAAUUUAAAAAGGGCUUGACCACAUGUCAUUUUUGAAUUAUUGAACAUAUGAAUAAUAAUAUUUCAUGCUAUUCUUAUAUGUGAUCUGUGUUAUAUAACUGACAUUAAAUGGCAGAACAGUCAACAUAACUUUAAUGACGUAAAAGAACUUAAAGAAACAUAAAUAUAAACACACACACACACACACACACACACACACACACACACACACACACUCACAGUGGCCGCGUGUGUGUCUUUCUCUCGAACUGGCAUCUGGGCUCUCUCUCUCCUGCUGUUUAGUUGACUCAGUGCUGGCCGUGCACCUUCACGGCCCGGCCACGCCCUCCUCUUGGUCACAGGCUUUUAUCAGAAUCAAUAAAAUAAAUACUCCUGAAGUACUCUGUCUUUCUAUGUCUUUUGCUGUAAUAAUCUACUGCAACAGGGGGUGAUGUGAAAGGUGCAUAA